AUGGAAACACAGUCCAGUCAAACAGUCGCAGCGACUCGUCCGGGUGAAGAUGCGCCAGUUCAAUUGAAUUUGUUGAAUCUUCGACUGUUUUCGUAUGGUGUUUAUGCUAAUGUGUAUAUCGGGGAGCUGGUCGAAAAUGGCAAAACUGUCACUGUGGCGGUGAAAAAGUGCUGGAGUAAGUUGGAAAGAAAGUUAUUGCAGUGUCUUGUUUUGUAAAAAAGUUCUUGCCGUUUUAUGACCUGUAAAUAAAGUUCUUGCCUUUUUUGUUUUGUAAAGAAAGUUAUUGCCAUUUUGUGUUUUGUAAAAAAACUUUUUUGCCAUUUUUAGAUUUGUAAAGAAAGUUGUUGCCUUUUUUGUUUUGUAAAGGAAGUUCUUGCGGUUUUUUGUUUUGUAGAGAAAGUUCUUGCCAUUUUUCAGUUGGUAAAGAAAGUUCUUGCCAUUUUUCAGUUUGUAAAGAAAGUUCUUGCCAUUUUCAUUUUCUUAUGAUUUUUUUGUUUUUGCAGCCUGCGGGUGACAAGUUAUACGAAAAAUAAAAUUUCUUUCUAUCUAAACAAAGUUCCUGCCAUUUUAUGCCAUAGUCUUUUAAAAAAUAUUGUUGUAGGGUACUAUAACGAGCCAGACAUACUAAAACCGACAAGUUUUUGUCGAAAGGUCUAUCAAUUUUUGCUUUGGUGGAGAUCUUUUGACGAAACAGGUCAGUUUCGACCAAAAAUAUUUAAAAAAUUUUAUUUUCAGCAAGUUCACUUGAUUGCAAAGAAGUCAAGAUCCUGCAACGACUGAACCAAACAAAACCCAAAAACAUUGUCAACCUGCUGUACUUGUUCCACAACAAAUAUCAGGACAAGGUGGGUUACUGUGAUUUUGCAAGAGAGACAGUUGAUUCUGUAAAGAAAGUUCUUGUCAUUUUAUGUUUUCUAAAGAAAGUUUUUGCCAUUUUAUCCUUUGUAAAAAAAGUUCUUGCAAUUUUUUAAUUUCGAAAGAAAGUUAUUGCAAAUUUACGUUUUGCAAAGAAAGUUCUUGCUAUUUUCUAAAUUGUAAAGAGAGUUUUUGCAAUUUUAAAACAAAACGUUAAAGUUUAUGAAAUUGCAGCCUGCGGGUGACAAGUUAUACGAUGCCUACCGGUUUCUUGUCCUUUUACCUUUUAUAAAGAAAGUUCUUGCCGUUUUCAAAAGCGCUAAGUCAUAUAAGUCCUAUAAACUUCAAAAAUGGCACAGCUAAACCCAAUUCUAUUCUAUUCUAUCUACUUUCAGACCUGUUUCUCGCUAGUGAUGAACUUUAUGCCAAUGUCGUUAAGCACAUACUGUAAACGUAUCAAGCCAUCCCCUCUACCGCCCAUUGAUACCAAACUGUUUACAUGGCAAAUCUUCCGCGCACUACAGUACCUACGCAAGUACCAGAUCAUUCAUCGUGACCUGAAGCCACAGAACAUUCUACUGGAGCCGGAUAUAGGGUUGAUACAAGUGGCAGAUUACGGUAGCUCGGCGGUAAGUACUUUGGUAGGGAAAAGGUAACAUUGGUUGUACCAGUGGUACCAAUUUUAUAUCUAAGUUACCAAUAUCACUCUACUGUCACUCAUACCAACCCUAUUUCCAGAUCGUCGGCGAACAGUACAGUAUGUCAUCGUACCAUGUAACCCGCUACUAUCGACCACCCGAACUACUGCUCGGCGCUCACAGUUAUGGGCCCGAAAUUGACAUUUGGUCAGCCGGCUGUGUGUUCGGCGAAAUGUUGAGAGGACGAACUCUAAUACCAGGAAGCUCGACCGAAGAUCAAUUGGCUGUAAGUUUGACGGAAUGUCACGAAAGACGGAUAUUGAUGUUUGUAACGAAAUGUCAAAAAUUAUAUUGAUUUUUUGAAAUAAAAUAUCAAAAAAUAAAUUUUUAGAAACAAAUGUAAAAAACAGAAGAUUGAUUUUUAUGACGAAAUGUCACAAUAGCUUAAUAUUGAUUUUUUGCAACAAAAUGCCAAAAGAUAUUUUAUUGAUUUUUAUGCAGAAAGUAAUCCUGGUAUUCGGAAUGCCAACAGAUUUGGAAAAGAAGGAAAUGAAAGCCAAGAAGUUCAAACAACUGACUCAAGAAGCGGUUCGAAAGGCCGAACAAGCCUAUAUUGCACGUGGUACUGAUGGUCUCAAAGAGGUACGUUUUUGAAAAAUACAUAAAUAAAAAAUUUUUGUAAAAACUUUGCUUUCGAGCCAUAAAAAAUAACUUUUAUAUUUUCAGCUCUGCCCGACCGCACCACCCGAAGCCCUUAAGCUGCUGCGCGAAAUCAUGGUCUACACGCCAUUCCAACGUCUACAUGGGCCGAAAUUGUUGGGCGACAAAUACUUUGAUGACAUUUUCUCAUCCACAACGCUCAGAAAUGGCAAACCUAUAACGGUGGUGACAAAAGAGGACUUACAUCAAGCUACGGCUGGCGAUAAAUCCUUGGACGAAUCAGCUUCAUCCCACACUGGAGGCGCCUCCGGCUAG